GCCUGCCCAGAGUAAGCAUUCGUCAAUUUAAUCGGGCUUAUUUCAGAAUAAGUGCGAAUAGUAUUGCAUCUUUAAUUCUGCACCCUGAUUUGCCCAAUGUUGACACGCAUUCAUUUAUGGCCUUGACAUCGCCUGGUUUUCAUCCUCGUUACAUUCCAGCCCGAAGAAUGCAGGCAAUAGAAGAUAUCCGGGACAAAAGACAAAAGCACAUGCGAGUUCCCUUUUCUUUGCCUUGGCAUGAAUGGCGAAACUGGCGUCCCCAGGCCAGAAAGGUGGGACCAACCGCAAGCCCAGUCAGAAGGCAGCGAAAGAGUUAAAGGGGGAGGGGCUUGCUUCGCGCGCUCCCGCCCGAUCAACUAGACUGGAGAAGCUCUUUCGCGCGCUCUUUGCCUCGGCAGCAGCAACAGUAGGACGGACUGCUGCGCGCGCAAAAGAGCCCGGCCGGCGGGUACCCGUUUCUACCGUGUGCGCCUCUCGACGGGCAGAGACGGUUGCGGGGGCGCGCUGCCGGGAGUUUCAGGUCAUUAGAUGGGGCUGAGGCGGAGCGGCGGCAGCGUCCACUGAAGAGAACGAGGCUGUGGGUGCGCGUGCGAGCGAAAGGAGAGGCGAGACCAGUCAGCGAGCCCAGCGAGUCAACCCACCGGUAACUGCCCACCUUCGUAGCUCUGGAGAGAGGCUUUUGGGGCAGCAAUGCAGCAAGUUUUGGAUAAUCUUACUGAUUUACCCUCAUCAUCAGGAGCUGAAGAAAUAGACCUUAUUUUCUUGAAAGGGAUUAUGGAGAAUCCUAUUGUAAAAUCACUUGCUAAGGCUCAUGAACGAUUAGAGGAUUCCAAACUUGAGGCUGUGAGUGAUAACAAUCUGGAGCUGGUCAAUGAGAUUCUUGAAGACAUCAGUCCAUUAAUAAAUAAAGAUGAAAAUAUUGCCGAAUUAGUUGGUAUACUAAAGGAGCCACACUUUCUGUCACUCUUAGAAGCGCAUGAUAUUGUGGCAUCAAAGUGUUAUGAAUCUCCUCCUUCUAGCCCAGAAAUAAAUAAUGCUUCAGUGAACAAUCAGAUAGUACCAGUAGAUGCUAUUCGUAUACUUGGUAUUCAUAAAAGAGCAGGGGAGCCUUUGGGUGUGACAUUUAGGGUGGAGAAUAAUGACCUGGUGAUUGCAAGAAUCCUUCAUGGAGGAAUGAUAGACCGACAAGGUCUCCUACAUGUAGGUGAUAUCAUUAAAGAGGUUAAUGGUCAUGAAGUUGGAAACAAUCCAAAAGAAUUGCAAGAACUCCUGAAGAGUAUUAGUGGUAGUGUCACUCUGAAGAUUCUUCCUAGCUACAAAGAUAAUAUUGUUCCCCAACAGGUAUUUGUGAAGUGUCACUUUGAUUAUAAUCCCUUCAAUGAUAAUCUCAUUCCAUGCAAAGAAGCCGGUCUUAAAUUUUCCAAGGGAGAAAUUCUUCAGAUUGUAAAUCGAGAAGACCCAAACUGGUGGCAGGCCAGCCAUGUCAAAGAAGGAGGAAGUGCAGGACUUAUUCCUAGCCAGUUCUUAGAAGAAAAGAGGAAAGCAUUUGUUAGACGGGACUGGGAAAAUUCAAGUCCUUUCUGUGGGACAAUAAAUAGUAAAAAGAAGAAAAAAAUGAUGUAUCUCACAACUAGAAAUGCAGAAUUUGAUCGACAUGAAAUUCAAAUAUAUGAGGAAGUAGCAAAAAUGCCUCCAUUUCAAAGAAAAACACUAGUCUUAAUAGGGGCCCAAGGAGUUGGCCGAAGAAGUCUGAAAAACAGAUUUAUUGUACUGAAUCCCACAAAAUUUGGAACCACAGUCCCAUUUACAUCACGGAAAUCGAGGGAUGAUGAGAAAGAUGGACAAGCAUACCGGUUUGUGUCACGAAAUGAAAUGGAGGCAGAUAUUAAAGCAGGAAGAUAUUUAGAACACGGGGAAUAUGAAGGAAAUCUUUAUGGUACAAAAAUAGAUUCUAUUAUUGAAGUGGUUCAGACUGGAAGAACAUGUAUCUUGGAUGUGAAUCCACAGGCACUUAAAGUGUUGCGGACAUCAGAGUUUAUGCCCUAUGUAGUUUUUAUUGCUGCUCCAGAACUUGAAACACUCCGUGCAAUGCACAAAGCUGUGGUUGAUGCAGGAAUUACAACCAAGCUUCUAACAGAUACCGAUUUGAAGAAAACUGUUGAUGAGAGUGCACGGAUCCAGAGAGCUUAUAGUCACUACUUUGAUCUGAUUAUUGUGAAUGACAACCUAGACAAAGCUUUUGAGAAGUUGCAAACUGCUACAGAGAAAUUGAGAAUGGAAUCACAGUGGGUCCCAAUUAGCUGGGUAUACUGAGUUCUUUUAAAGAUGAAACAACGUCAUGUAAUGUUGAAACAAACACUAUACUAAAAAAAUAUUGUACAGUGGUGCCAGAUCCUUGGCAGGACCCAAUAUGUUUUUAUUUUAUGUAUAUUAAAAUAAUAGUAUGCUAGUCAAAAAAUUUUAUACAAAAUGUUGAAGGGAAAGUGUACUUAAUAUGUAAUUUAUUUUAAUUUUUCUAACUUUUUACAAAUAACCUUUUUAUUCAUAUCACAUGAAGGAAAUGCGUUGAAGCAUUUUUAUAAAUGUUUUGAUUUACUACUUUGCCUUUAUUCAUCUAAAGAACUUUCCAGUCAUUCAUUUAUACAUUUGAUCUUACAUUUUCACUGUGAUAAGGAGAAAAAUACUUGAAAAGGUUUUUGUAAAACUCUGUUUUAAAUCAAAUGUUUCAUCUGAUUAGUUUUUAUUAUUUAGAUAUAAUCCUUGUUCUAAUAAGCAUAUCAUCUUGACAUAAGCAGAACUUUUAAUAAAGCAACCAGCACUGAGCCAUGUUACUGAAGCAUAUUUGCUUAAUGUUUAUUCAUGUUUUGCAGCUGUUUUGUCUUAGACAGAUGUACUGUAGACUUUUAUGUAGAUUCUCUUUUUACAUAAAUGUAAAAGCAAUAUCUUGAACUUUCCCUAAGAGACCCUUUUAAAAAGCCAACAUUUCAACCCAUUCAGUAAGUAUUUUUCAAAUAAUUCUCGUAAUGUAAAUUCAUUGUGUUUGAGGUAAUGGUGAAGUAUCCUGAAAGAACCUCAUGCUACAGUCUUAGUGAAGAGCUCAGCAUGUAGAAUGUAUGUUCUUAGUUGUGGAAAACUCAUAGCUUAGAGGAACAAAAUCUGCUUUUUUAUUAUGACCUCGCUCUGUAUUUGUAUAUCGUUCUAUAACGACUGGCUUUUAGUUUAUAUCAGAGUAUUUAUGAGUGAUUUUGUGUGUUAUAAAAACGUGAUGUGAUGGGGCUUUGAGCUGAUCCUUUGUGUUACAUGGCUUUAU